CCACAGAGAGUUCUACAGAAACAGAAUGAAGGUUUUGAUUGUCAUCACCGCAUUUGUGGCUCUGGCCAGUGCAGCCAGCCUCUCGCUGGAAGACCUGGAGUUUCAUUCCUGGAAACUGAAGUUUGGUAAAAUCUAUAAGUCUGUAGGGGAGGAGUCUCAGCGUAAGAUGACUUGGCUAGAAAAUCGCAAACUGGUCCUGGUACACAACAUGCUGGCAGACCAGGGCAUUAAGAGCUACAGACUCGGCAUGACCUACUUUGCAGACAUGAGUAACCAGGAGUACAGACAAUCUGUGUUCAAGGGCUGCCUGGGAUCAUUCAACAGGACCAAGAGACACAGUGCAAUUACAUUCCUUCGACAGGCAGGAGGAGCUGUUCUGCCAGCUACCAUGGACUGGAGGGAAAAGGGCUAUGUGACUGAUGUUAAAGAUCAAAAGGCAUGCGGUUCAUGCUGGGCCUUUAGCGCGACAGGAUCACUGGAAGGCCAAACUUUUAGGAAGACAGGGAAGCUGGUGUCACUGAGUGAGCAGCAGUUAGUGGACUGCUCUAAUGAUUAUGGAAACUUUGGAUGUGGGGGAGGUUUGAUGGAUCAAGCUUUUGAAUAUAUUAAGGACAACAAGGGAAUUGACACAGAGGAAUCCUACCCUUAUGAAGCCAUGGAUGGUCAGUGCAGGUUUAAACCAGACACUGUGGGAGCCACAUGCACUGGCUAUGUGGAUAUCAAUAGUGAAGAUGAGGAUGCUCUACAAGAAGCCGUGGCAACCAUCGGACCUAUUUCUGUCGCUAUAGAUGCAGGCCACGAAUCCUUCCAGUUCUAUGAAUCUGGAAUCUACAAUGAGCCUGAGUGCAGCAGCUUGGAUCUGGAUCAUGGUGUUCUGGCUGUUGGUUAUGGCACAGACAAUGGAAAAGACUACUGGCUGGUCAAGAACAGCUGGGGUCUAGAUUGGGGUGAUGAAGGCUAUAUCAAGAUGUCCAGGAACAAGAAAAACCAAUGUGGUAUUGCCACAGCAGCCAGCUACCCUCUUGUUUAAAGGUGGGUGAAAAGGUCCAUGGCAAACCAAAUCUGCAGCCUCAGCAUGGCUUAAUUAUGUAAAACAUUGCACAGUAAAAAAACAACAACAAUAAUUUCUAUAUUAAAUUACUCAAAACAGAAUAUUGUACCAACCUUAUUUUCUACUUUAGGAUGAAAAAAAAAUGAAUGGAAUAAAUAAAUAAAAUGGAUGGACUAAA